AUGGGUUCUCCUGACUAUUAAAAAUACAAAAAAGAUAGUAAAAAGAAAAAAAGAAGACAUUCCCCAACUCGUUCAAGUUCACACAGUAGUAAAUCUCACAAUAGAGACCCCAAAAAAAAGCAUAAACAACAUUCCGAUAUUCCUCAAUAAUAAUAAAUAUCUGAUAAGCAAAAUGUAUUAUUGAAUUCAUCAAAAAAUCACCCACAAAACACUUUACCAUAAUAAAUGGAUCCAUCAUAAUAUAAUCCAUUAAGAAUCCCCACAAUAGGAUAAUUACCUGGUUCAUAUAGACCUCCAAUGAUGAAUCCGGGAAUGAUGAGAGGACCUAUGAGACCUGGAAUGGUGCUUCCUCCAAAUAUGAUGAAAGGUGUUCCACCUUAUAUGAGUGUAAUGUAGGGUAUGAAGCCUCCCUUUCCACCUAUUAUGAAUCCUACAGGAAACUUUAUGAAUACAAAUCCGUUAAUGGGGGGGUAGGAAAUGGAAGAACCUUUUAAGAAAAUAUAAAAAAUGGGAUAGUAGUAGUUUAAAAAGGGAGGUGAAUUUUAAGAAAGUUUUGUGGUUUUUAAAAAUUAUUAUUUAGUAAGAGACUUAGUUGAAGUUUUAUAAAAUUGCUGUCUUUCGGUAAAUUUGGGGGGACUGGAAAUUAUAUAUUUAGUUUGUUAAAAAGCACUUGAGGAUAUGUAAAUUAAAUGCAAAGAUUCAGGAUUGAAAUAGAUUUAGGAAAAUAUAUAGAAUCUUUUGGUUAAUUUAAAUAAAGAUUUUAAAAAAGAAUUAAAAAAAAAUAAUAAAGAAUCAAUUUAAAAAGAUGAGGUUUUUUUAAAAAAUAUUAUUUAAGAUGUGAAAAAUAUUGAUUAUUUAAUUAUUAAAUUAAUUAAUGAAAAUAAAGAUUGGAAUGAUGUUUUUAAUACUUUAUCAAUUAAUGGGUCUUCUUUAGAUCUUUAAAAUAUUCUAGAAAGUUAAGUGGAUUAAUAGGUUUCGGAAAUGAACGAUUUUUAAUAAAAUAAAUUAUAUUAAGAAUGUUUGAAGCUGUUUUAAAAUUCUUGAUUUUUUUUAUAUUUUUUUAAGAUAAAAUAAAAGAGAGAAUUUAUUUUGUUUAAUUUUUUGUUUUUGUGAUAUUUUUAGAACAUUUUUUUUUUUUAAUUUAAUAAAAAUAUUUUUUUUUUAGUAUUUUUGUUUUUUACAAUAUUUUUUAGAUUUUUUUUAAAAAAUUUUAUAUUUUUGAAAAAAAAAACAUAAUAAUAUAUUUAAAAUGAAACUUAAAAUUUAAAAUGAAUUAGAUAUAAAAAAUGGCAAAAAGGCAUUAGAAAUAUUAAAAAAAAACACAAGAAUAUUUCACAAUUGGAAUAUCAAAGAAAUAGAUGAAUUAUGCGAAUAUUUACGUUUUUUAUCAUUCUAAAAGUAACAAAAAUAUAACAUUUAAAUUUAAUAAGAGUUAAACAAAAAAAAUUAAUAAAUAAAAAGGAGCACACCAUUAGCCAGAAAAAACGAACCAGUAGAUUAUUUUGGAAUAAUAAUAUCCGGAAGGGCUUUAUUAUCUUCGGAAAGUAUAGUUUUUGGUUAUAUAGAAACUGGAGACAUGAUCGGAUAUAUGAAUUUUACGAAAUUACCUGAUAACGAAAAACAUUAUUUUGAUAUUUUAGGUGAAAAAGAAGGUUAUAUAGCAACUAUUAGAUAAGAAGAUUAUAAAGUAUUUUGUAAAAAAAAUCCAAAAGUGGCAUUUAAAUUAUGCUAAAUAAUAUCUAAAAAAACAUAUGAUACUAUACAUUAUUAAUAUAA